UAUGGUCCGAGAACGCCACUGUAACCCCGGAAGCAAUUCUAAGAGGUCGGGAGCGGCAAGAUGGCGGCGCGGACAGCGCUCGGCGCCGUGUGCCGGCGCCUCUGGCAGGUACCGGGGAUUGGAGAAUUUUUCUGUAAACAGUUCUAAGGGUAGUACCACCAAAAAUGGUGGCUUUCUUCUCAGUACCAGUAUGAAGUGGGUACAGUUUUCAAAUCUACAUGUUGAUGUUCCAAAGGAUUUGACCAAACCUGUGAUAACGAUCUCCGAUGAACCAGACACAUUAUAUAAGCGCCUGUCGGUUUUAGUGAAAGGACACGAUAAGGCUGUAUUGGACAGCUAUGAAUAUUUUGCUGUGCUUGCUGCUAAAGAACUUGGUAUCUCUAUUAAAGUACACGAACCUCCAAGGAAAAUAGAGCGAUUUACCCUUCUCAAAUCGGUGCAUAUUUACAAGAAGCACAGAGUUCAGUAUGAAAUGAGAACACUUUACAGAUGUUUAGAGUUAGAACAUCUAACUGGAAGCACAGCAGAUGUCUACUUAGAAUAUAUUCAGCGAAACUUACCUGAAGGAGUUGCCAUGGAAGUAACAAAGACACAAAUAGUACAGUUACCAGAACACAUCAAGGAGCCAAUCUGGGAAACAGUGUCAGAAGAAAAAGAAGAAAACAAGUCCUAAAGCCUCAGGGAGGCCAUUUGUACCUGAAUUUGAAAUGAGGGUGGGCCAGAUGAGUAUGUUUAAAUAGAGAGUGCUUCCCGCUGAGAUGAUUUGAGUCUGCCUGACUGCUUCAUUGAGUUUUCGUGCCCUGAUCAGCUGAGAGCAGGGAAUGGAACUUUAAUGACUGCCUGGACUCUAUCGGAAGAACCGCUUUUAUCUAUUCUUUUUAUACAUGUCAUUGUUUCAGUUCUGAUUUCAACAAACAUGAGCAAACCACUUUCAUUCAAAGUAGAAAGAGUGAAAAUUCUGUUUUGUUAUGCUGCUCAUGUUCAAUUAUUAGUUUGUUCCAUUUUUAAUUUAUAUUAGUUGAUUCAUCUGAACAUAAGUGCUUGAGGUGUUCCUCACACCUUUUUUUUUUUUUUAAAGAUUCCUAGAAGGAAUCUUUGAUUAAUUCAAAUUGAGCAGUUGUUUUUGAUAUUUACCUUUGUGCAGGCUGGCAUAUGCUAAUUUGGGGGUGGUAACCAACCAAUUUUAUCCCAUUUAAGCAUUACAUUUUGGAGAGUGUGAAUAUACUUUACAGCAGAUCAAACACAUUUAUGACAUGCACUGACCUCUUCUUGUAGCCCAAAACUUUAUAGAAUUGCCUAUCAGGGUCACUGUAAUGGAAUUUAUAAUCUCAAGAAAUUACCAGUUGUAUCAUU